AUGGUGGCGCAAGAACCAGUGCUGUACAAUGGCUCCGUUCGCUACAACAUACUAUAUGGGUGUGAUUGGGCUACCGAAGCAGAUAUGCUUCGCGCAGCUCAUACAGCCAAUGUGCAUAACUUUGUGAUGGAGCUCGAAAAAGGAUACGACACGAAUUGUGGCGAAAAGGGUGUACAGAUGUGCGCACGUGAACGAACUGUAUUAAUAGUUGCCCAUCGGUUGUCGACCAUAGAAAAAGCGGAUCAAAUAGCAGUGAUUAAUAAAGGAUCACUAGUUCAGAUAGGAAACCAUACAGAACUGAUGAAAGAUGAACAUGGGCUGUACUACUCGUUAGUAUCAAAACAACUACUUGCAUCAAAGAUUAAAGGAGGAUCGAAAUAG